GAAACAUUAAAUUUCCUGUUUGAAAUUGAACUCCAAAGAUACAUUCCUACAGAUUUUAUAUCUAAAAAUUAUACACAUCAUGGAUGACGAAAGAAAAAAAAUGAAGCAGUUAAUGAAAGAGAAAAUAGAAGGAAAAGAUGGAGCAAUGGACUGGAUGUACAAACAAAGCAAGCCAGAGAGUGAUGACUAUCUCCUGGGGAAACGAGUGGACAAGCACAUUGAGGAAGCUGUUGAAACUGUUAAAGAUGAUGACAUUGCUCUGUUCAAUGAGAGAAUCAAAGCCAACAUCGAACUUGAUAUGCAAAACAAAGCACGAGAGGAUCCAUUGUUUGCCAUAAGAAAGAGGGAGGAAGAUGUCCGAAAGAAACUGCUUGAAAAUCCCGUGAGAAUGAAGCAGUUACAAAAGAAUUUGGAGAAACAAAAAAAGAAAGCUAAAAAGAAGCAUAAAAAACAUGGCAACUCUGAUGAUUCUGAUGAUGAUCUGAUGAAAAAAUAUCUAAACAUUUUGAAUAAAAAACAAGGAAAGACAGAAAAUGAAGGUAGAGAAUCGGGGAGAAGAAAACGUGAGAGAGACCAUGACCAAGAGAAGUCUUCAAAGCAUCACAGAGAAUCAAAAUACAGAGAGGACUCGCAUCACCACAACACGUCCAAAUCCAGGGCCCGGAAAAGGGAUCCAGAUAGACGAAGUGAAGACUCUGAUGAACAAUACAGGGAGAAUUCAAACGACCAUCAUUCUAGAAACAUAUCUGAUCACUCACAAGCUAGUAAGUAUAGGGACUCAUCUGAUCGCUAUAGAAAUGAUAGGAGAAAUUCCUCACAUGGAUCUCGGCAUAACUCCGAGAAAUAUGAAAGGGAGCGAAGUCGUGACAGAAGGCAGAAUGUCAACAAAAGCAGGAACUCUGAUCAGAGGCAAACAGCAACGUAUAGAGGAGUCCAAAGAGAAAGGCGUCAUUCAUCUGAUAGUGAGUCAAAGGAAGUCAGAAGCAGACACAAAAGAGAUUCAAACAGGACUAUUGCUUCAAACAGACAUGAUUCAUCUGAUAGUGAAUCAGAUUCUGAAGAGGAAAGAAGAGAGAGGAGUAAUAGAAAACCUUUGCACAGGCAAAGCCGGCGCAGUUCAUCAGACAGCAGGGAGACAUCACGUACAGAGAGGAACACACAGCACACUGGUAAUGAUGUGUCAGAGACGUCAAGUAGUACAGAUUCAGACAGCAGCAGUCAGUCAGACAGGAAGCCUGUCAAGCAGUACGGCCUCAUCAAAUUGAAAAACUCUGAGCCCUCUCAAAUGAAAGCAGCUUCCACAUCUCCCAAGCAUGCAGGGAGGCACAGGGAAAAAUCAAGGUCACCAGAUCAAAGAAGAGAUGACAAAUAUUCAAAAUCAAACAGAAGGUCAAGGUCUCCAAGGAGAUCUAGAUCUCCAAGACAAAGGUCAGGAGUCAGACCACAGCGAGACAAGAGUAGAUCUCCAGUGAGAAGGAAACUUACAGAAGAGGAAAAGAAAAAGAGAUUGGAAGAAAUGAUGCAUAAUGCACAGUGGCGGGAGGAACAGAGGAAAUCCAAUGUUAAACGCUACAUCGAGGAGGACAAAAAGGAAGAGGAAGCUCUGAGGAGCAAGGAGAAUCCGGAAUUCCUCAAUCCUUUGAUGUCGAGUCAUGCAGACCAGAGCUCUGUUGCAGACAGACUGAAGAGGAACAAAUAUAAUCUACAGAGAGGGUCUGGGUUAAUGGACAAGGGCUUUUUGAAAAAGUGACAUGUAAUACAUGUGUGACAAACUAAUUCUUUGUCUUCAUUUUCGAAGAUUUUCCUAUCCAGGAAUUUAAUUCAGUGACUUCGUUUCAUUCAAUGUUGAAGAUUUUCCUAUCCAGGAAUUUAAUUCAGUGACUUCGUUUCAUUCAAUGUUGAAGAUUUUCCUAUCCAGGAAUUUAAUUCAGUGACUUCGUUUCAUUCAAUGUUGAAGAUUUUCCUAUCCAGGAAUUUAAUUCAGUGACUUCGUUUCAUUCAAUGUUGAAGAUUUUCCUAUCCAGGAAUUUAAUUCAGUGACUUCGUUUCAUUCAAUACAGAAAAGAAAAUUUGCCUAUGCCUAGUAUGGAUUUAUACUCAUUUAUAAUAAAACACCGAAAUAUUU